AUGUCGCUUGGAAGUUCUUCCAUGAUGAAGGUCGGGACCAGCAGCUACUCCGGGCUUGAAGAGGCUGUGUUCAAAAACAUAGAGGCGUGCAUGCAGCUUGUACGCAUCACACGGACAUCCAUGGGACCCAAUGGACUCUCCAAGAUGAUAUUGAAUCACUCAGAGAAAUUGGUCAUCACCAAGAAUGCCAGCGCAAUCGCAACAGAGAUAGAAGUCAACCAUCCGGCUGCAAAGAUGCUUGUGAUGGCGGCACAGAAUCAGGCAUUGGAAUACGGCGACGGAACAAAUCUGGUGGUCACCUUCGCUGGAGAGCUCCUUGAGCGUGCAAAGGACCUUUUGGAGCAGGGGCUGGUGGUCACAGACAUUAUUGCAGGAUAUGAACGCGCCCUCAGGCACAUUCUCAAUCAGCUGGACGGCAACAGCUCAAGCACGCUUAUCUACCGACCGUUCGGGGAUUUACACGAUAAGAAGCAGCUAGCGCUUGCCAUAAAGCCUGCCCUGGCGUCCAAGCAAAGCGGCUAUGAAGACUUCCUCUCAGGACUCGUUGCAGAGGCUUGUGUUCAGGUCAUUCCCGAAGACUCACGUCUUUUCAACCCAGAGAGCAUACGCAUCGCAAAGGUCCCGGGCAGGUCAAUCACGGAUUCUUUCGUGGUCCGCGGCUUCGUAAUUCCCACACUUCCUCGGGGUGCAGUGCAGCGAAUGCAGAACUGCAGGAUCGCUGUCUAUGGAUGCGCCAUUGAGUUGGAUAGGACUGAGACCAAAGGAACGGUUUUAUUACAGAGCGCAGAAGAGCUGCUGGAUCUUUCUGCCUCGGAAGAGAAGGCGAUGGACGCUAAAAUUAAAGAGUUCUCUGACAGUGGCAUCAACGUUAUUGUGUCUCAGAUGAGCUUCCACGAUCUGGCAUUGCACUUCUGCGAUAAGUACAAUAUACUUGCGGUGAAGAUUGGAUCCAAGUUUGAAGUGCGACGCUUUGCCAAGAGUGUAGGUGCAGCCCUAAAUAUGACGUUCCGUGUUCCCGAACAAGAGAAGCUGGGCGCUUGCAGUGAAAUGACGAUAGAAGAGAUAGGAGAUAAGCAGGUCAUUGUGGCCAGGGACGAUGGCAGCGCCAAUGUUGCCAGUGAUGGCGGAGUGGCGGAAGAUCCUGGAGUCAGUUGCAGAGACAUCACGACGAUAGUCUUGCGUGCAGCAACUCAGAGCGUCCUAAACGAUGUCUCUAUCGCCAUCGGCAACGCAGUCAAUGUGGUCAAGGCUGCAUGUAGUGACGACCGGUUCUUGCCUGGGGCAGGGGCAGCAGAGAUGGCGCUGGCUACGCAGCUUCAUGAUCUCGCUUCCAAAGAGCCAGGCUUGCAGCAAUAUUCCAUGCAUGCCUACGCUGAAGCCUUAGAAGUUGUUCCGAGGCUUUUGGCGGAGACUGCAGGAUUGCCUGCGGAUGAGGUAAUGACGGAGAUGCAGUCCAGGCACGUCCAAGGAGUCGACUACACGGGCGUCAACAUAGAUGGGGCCGAUGAGAGCGGCGAGUGGACACUCAACACUAGCGCUGCACAGAUCUACGAUAGCCUCGCUAUAAAGGCAUGGGCCAUGCGCAUGGCAACAGACACCGCCUGCAAUGUCCUUCGCGUCGACGUGAUUGUGAUGCGCAAGCAGGCUGGUGGUCCGAAGCCCCAGGUCCCUGGGCAGACAGAGUGGAACUGA